AUGACAAGAUACACCAACUUUUCCCGGAAACGACCAUACCUGGAGGCAGGAUUCGGUCACCAUGUCGAGCAAGACACAUCGCUACCCGUACCAGACGUAACAUGGCACGAGCAGAGCGCAGCCACCGAGCGGGAGAGGAAACGGAAGAGAAGUCGGACAGAAAAGAUUGAUGGUGACGUGACCUUGCCAGAUGACAAUUCGACACCUGAAUACCCAGCCCAAGGUGACGAGGGUAGUUCGCGGGAUGCUGAAGGAGCGGAUAGGGCUAAUUCUCAGGAGAACGCUCCGAGAAGGGAGGAUGAAGGGAGGAGGAAAAUGAAGCGGAAGGGAGCCAAGGACGCGGAUGUGCGGAAAUUCGCUUCAGAGCAGCGAAGAUUAAAACGCAAAGACCUGCGUCAUGUGGAGACGAUAUGUUAUGCCUGUCGUGAAAGGGGUCAUGCGGCCAAAGAUUGCAUGAAAGCAAUAGAUUCAAGCACUCUGCAUGGUACAGAGAAAACACCUGAAGCUGGCAGAUCUCGAAGCAAGAUGGGGAAAAAUACAGUUGGUAUUUGCUACAGAUGCGGCUCGCAUAAACACAAUCUCUCCCGAUGCAAGGAGCCAUUUGAUCCUUCAAAUCCCCUGCCAUUUGCAUCGUGUUUCGUAUGUUCUGGAUCAGGACAUCUGGCUUCGUCAUGUCCGCAGAACCAGUCGAAGGGUAUCUAUCCAAACGGAGGGUGCUGCAAGCUAUGUGGAGAGACCACUCAUCUCGCGAAAGAUUGCACGCUGAGGAAGAAGGAGGUCGCAUCGACAAUGCUUUUCCUCGGAACAGGCCGUGAAGCGGGCGCAGAUGAAGACGACUUCCACACCUUCAAACGGCGAAAUGCUGAGGUGGACAAGUCGGAGAAGACGGAGCAACGGCUUAAGCGACAAGCGGACGUCAAGGUGGGAGUGCAUACGGGCGUUGUAAGAUCGUUUGGCAUGCAGCCUGCGGUCACAAAAGCCAAAGUUGUUUACUUCUGA